AUGUCAACCAUGGAAAAGCAUCAACCUGAUGUGACGCAAGUCAGCUCUUCGAGUGGUAAUGGAGAGCUGCGAGAAUUGCGGUCCCUAAGAACCAUCACUUCCAAGAGGGCUGGUGAGGUCAACUACAUCAAUGCCAAGGAGGCACAUGAUGACAACGAACUACUGGCUGAAAUCGGUUACAAGCAGGAGCUGCAGAGGCACUUCAGUACCGUUCAGGUUUUUGGUGUUGCCUUUUCGAUCAUGGGGCUGCUUCCUAGUAUUGCUUCAGUCCUACCAAUCGCUUACGGCGGUGGCACUGUGGCUUUGGUGUGGGGCUGGCUAGUGGCUGGUAUCUUCAUUCUCACGGUUGGAUUGUCUAUGUCUGAGCUGGCCUCGGCUAUUCCAACCUCAGGAGGCCUGUAUUAUUAUACUUAUUAUUAUGCUCCCCAAAGUUACAAGUCUCUACUCAGUUUCAUUAUCGGAAAUUCAAACUCGCUGGCGUUGACGUCGGGCCUUUGUUCGAUUAUAUAUGGUUUUGCCGAGGAGAUUCUGUCGAUUGUUGUGAUCUCGAAAGAUGGAGAUUUUGAGGUUACCAACGGCAAGGUUUAUGGUGUUUUCGCAGCGGGUGUCGCGGCCUGUUUGGCUGUCACUUCGAUUGCCACAGUUGGUGUCUCUAAGCUUCAAACUUUUAGCAUUGUUGCCAACCUUGCACUCAUUGCAUUCUUUUUGAUCGUUCUCCCUAUCGGAGUUGCCAAAGCAGAUUUCAACUUCAAUGACGGCUCCUUUAUCUUUGGUGAGUGGUCUAACACUACAUCGUGGAGUAAUGGCUGGCAAUUCAUGUUAACCGGUUUCCAACCUGCUGUGUGGACCAUCUGCGCGUUCGAUGCUUGUAUCCACAUGUCAGAGGAAGCUAAGAAUGCUACAAAAGCUGUGCCUAUUGGUAUCAUUGGCUCUAUCAGUGUGUGUUGGGCUUUGGGAUUCUUCAUUUGUAUCGCCAUUGCUGCUUGUAUGGGACCAGAUGUCGCGAGCAUUUUGGGUUCUUCCACUGGCUCUCCCAUUGCUCAAGUAAUCUACAAUGCCCUUGGCAAGAAAUGGGCCAUUACGUUCAUGACUCUUAUUGCCUUCUGUCAAUUCAUUAUGGGAUGCUCCAUUCUUACAGCUAUUUCCAGACAAAUCUGGGCUUUUGCACGGGAUGACGGUCUACCAUUCUCUAAGUUCUUCAAGGUAGUCAACACGAAGCUCUCUUCGCCAAUCAGGGCUACUUGGUUUGGUGCUGGUUGUGCAUUGAUCAUCGGUUUAUUGUGUUUGAUUGGAGGAGCGGCGUCCAACGCCCUUUUCUCCUUGGGUAUUGCCGGUAACUACUUUGCGUGGAUGACACCUAAUAUUUUGAGGCUGACUACAGGAAAGGACUUGUUCAGACCCGGUGCGUUCUAUAUGGGUAAGUUUUGGUCUCCUAUCAUCAACUGGCUUUCGAUUGCUUUCCAAGCUUUCAUGAUCAUUAUGAUCAUGUUCCCUGCGGACCCAUCGGGGCUGAAUGCGGAGUCAAUGAACUACACCUGUGUCAUUUGUGGCGCCGUGUGGUUUGGUAGCUUGCUGUACUACCUUGUCUACAAGCACAAAUAUUUCCAUGGGCCUAAGUCGAACUUGACUGACGAAGAGUUUCAAAACGCUGUGGGGCAAAACGUUAUCGACCAAAUAAUGUCCCAUCAACAGUAA